AUAAACAAAAAAGUCACAUCAGAAAUAUUUAUCCAUGUUCCGUCUGCUGUACUCGGAUUCAAGCAAACCUAAUUAUUAUUAUAAAUUUGAAUGAGACUGGCUUUACAUUAAAUGCAAAUUUUGCAAAUAUCUGUUCGCGCCAAGAAAAAUGGACUUCCCGGUUACAAUCGAUACCUGCAGGAUAUGUUUGGAGAACAAAUCGACGGACAAAACGAUGAGUGAUCCUUACAAGGGAAACAUUCCUCGGUACAAAGACCUGGCAAAACUCAACACCUAUCUAGAUGUGUAUGAAUUUGUGGCCGGAUUGGGACAACCAUUGGCUGCACCAACUUCGGCUUCAGCAAUGAAAUUUUUCCCUAGACGAAUUUGUGACGAUUGUGUGUUGCAGUUGAUAGCAGCUUUUGAAUUUCGACGUAAAGUUCAGAGAUCAGAAGAUGUUCUGAAGAACCUUAUGGAAUUGUACGAUGAUCAGUAUGUGGAAACGGUGGAGGUCAUCGAGGAAUGCGAACUGGAUAUAAAGGACGAUAUAGCAGAUACGAUCGAGUACGUUGAGGACGAACAGGAAUACGAUUAUGUGGAUGAAGAGAGUGAAUGCGAUCAGGUCGAAGAUCAGGCUGUUGAAGAUGAAUACGAAGUUGACAUAAAACCCAUUGAAAGUGUUCAAGAUAUCGAUUUGAAAAAUUCAAGUAAUCAGAAUGAUACAGCUGGUUCAGCUGAUAAGCAAACAAUGUUGACUACUUCAGCUAUUAAAGCUAAAGGUUUGAGGUAUGCACAAGCCGAGAAAGAAGACAUCCUCUAUAGAGGAAAAUCUCUUACAACACAGUGUGAAGAUUGUGGGAAAAUAGUUUCCUCACGAUAUUUCAAAACGCAUAAAUCUUUUCACCAAAGUGCAAGAGAUAAUCCCAAGUCACACGUUUGCGAUAUAUGCAAUGCUCAAUUCACGUUAAAAGAGAAUUUAAGUAAGCACAAAAGAAUCCACUCCAACGAUAAGCGAUACAACUGCUCUUACUGCAAUAAAAAGUUUCUGCAUUGGGCAUCUCGCCGUUAUCAUAUCGACAGGUGUCAUACUGGCGAAAAGAAGCAUGUCUGCAAAAUCUGCGGCGCUGGUUUUUGCAAUUCAUCCCAAUACAUCCUUCACACCCGUCGACAUACUGGAGCGACUCCUUAUGGGUGCAAACUGUGCGACAGAAGCUUCAUUAGCGGACAAGCUUUGAAAUUCCACAUGCUAGCGCACUCCGAUGCCAAAAACUUCCCCUGCGAUGUCUGUGGAAAAUCAUACAAAUCACGUAAAUCGCUGCGAGUGCAUACGAGGACGUUACACGAAAACGAAAAAAACUACGUUUGCCCCAUUUGCGGGCAUGCAUUUUCGCAAAAUCAUGUCCUACGGACCCAUUUGUUGAAAAAUCACCCGGAUUACGAGCCACCACCGCCGGGGACCAUCGUUAGUGUUCGGGGUAUUGAACGACUAAGGAACCAAGCUGAAUUGGAACCGGAUUCUGUUCAGCAUCCAGCUACGUGAGAAAUUUUAUUUUGUUUGAGAGAAAUAUAUAUUUUUGAAUAGUUUAAAA